UCCACCCUGUGCAUGCUGACUGUUAAUAUUCUCCCGAAACGAUGUGUCAACCACCAGAAAGAGGAUAAACACGAAGCUAAACCACGAGACAGGCCAGGCGCACCACUUAGACAAAUUGAACAUUACUGUCAUGAUGGGGGAAACGUAAGCUAAGCUAGGAGGCUGACUUCUAGUGUUUUGCACUGCAGAAGACGAGGAUACAGGGGCUGAAUGGAUAACCAUGGCAACAGCAGCAGGAGAAGCGGUGAGCAGCAGCUUACAGCAGCGAUAUAACCACUGAACACAGACAAGGCAUCAUACCUCCGUAGAUCUGAAAGGCAAGGGUCGCUGUAGGUUGUGAAGCCAAAGCCUUGUGGAUAUUAGACAGUGGUGGACACUGGUUAUUGCGUGGGGAUUCGCAGCGCAUCAGUGAGCAAGGGGAUGACCUGGAACCUAUCAUGUCUGAAGUACAGGGGACGUUGGAGUUUUCUGUAGAGCUGAACAAGUUUCACAAUGUGGAUCUCUUCCAGAGAGGAUUCUACCAGGUCCGAGCAGGGCUGAAGGUCUCUCCUCGUGUACCACACAGGUUGAUAGCGACAACACCAGGGAAUACAGGAGACUGUAGUUUCAGCUCUGCGGGGGUCCAUGAUGGGGUCCAUGAGGACACUACGGUGUUCAGUCGGAUCUUCCAGAUUCUCUACCGGAACGAAGAGGUCAACGUCGAUGACCGCAUGCUCUUCAAGGUCCACCUAUUACUGGAUGGGGAGAGGGUGGAAGAGGCUCUGAGUGAAGUGGACUUUCAGUUGAAGCUGGACCUUCACUUCACAGACAACGAGCAACAGUUAAGGGACAUCGUGACAGUCCCAGUCAUCAGCAGUAGAACCCUGGGUCUCCACUUCCACCCCAGGAGAGGUCUCCACCACCAUGUACCUGUCAUGUUCGACUACUUCCACCUGUCCGUCGUCUCUGUCUCCAUACACGCAUCCUUGGUGGCCUUGCAUCAACCACUCAUCAGUUUUGCCCAUACAGGGAAGGGUUCCUGGCUGGGAAAGGGCUCCCCAGAGAACGGUACUGACCCGUCAGCCAUGGGGGUGUCCAUGGAGAACCUGAUGUUCGGGGCUGGAUACUGCAAACCUGUCAUCACAGAGGGGAGUUUCUACGUCCCCAGUGAGAACUGUUUACAGAGAGCUCACACAUGGCAUGGUAGACUCUGUCGCCUCCUACUGGUGGCACACAGAGGCCUACGUUCCUACUACACCACUGUGAUGAAGGAGAUACCACAGCUGGACCAGGUGGACAUAGACGAGCUUCCUGUGGAAGAAACACUAAAUCUGCUCAGAACAGAAUUACAGUUGCAGGAGGGACAUGAGAAAGUAGCAGAACAGAUCUGUAGAGACCUGACCCAACUCUGCUCCCAACUGUCGGCACUGUGGACACGCUUCCUGGAGGCUGCCGUUCCCAACACACAUAUCCUGUCCCACCUGGCCCAGGAACACCACACACUCAGGGUCAGGCGGUUUUCAGAGGCAUACUUCUUCACAGAACACCCCAAAGAGACAUCCCUGACAUUUCAGGAGGACCUGAUCAACAGACACGGUCAGAUAGCUGUGGAAGUGCGUAGCUCCAACUACCUGACCAGGAUGCCACCGUUACCUGUAGAAUGCCUGGACAUUGACGGAGACUGGAACAGCCUGCCUAUCAUCUUCGAAGAUAGAUAUGUAGAGUCUCCACGGACAGAUUGGGGAUCAUAUAUACCAACACCUACGUCCACCAGUGAGCAGGCCAUCCCCGACCCUCCUGUCACUGAUGUCAACAAUAGCCCUCCUCCCCUGGACCAGCUCACCAGCUCACCAGCAAUACCAACCCAGGAACCUAAAGACAGUGAGGACUGCAUGGACCUCUCUACACACGGGUCUCUCGUAGGAGAGCAGAGCACCAGCAUUAUUACUGACAAGAUAGGAGAGAUAUCAGACCCAGACAAGGCUGACCCAGACCAGGGAGAACCAGACCAGGGAGAGCCAGUCCAGCCAGGGGAUCCAGAGGAGCAGGCCAAGGCAGAGGAGAUAUCAGAGGAGAGCCCUGGUUUAGGCCUGAGAAUAAUCAGAGUCAGGCCCACUGAUGUGGAUCCAUUCAGAGGAGAAGCAGUGCUAAUGAUCUCCUCCACCCACAAACAGUGUACGGACCCACAACAUACCUCUAACUGUGAAGACACGACUUGGAAAGACUUGGAGAACCACCAGGACAUCAUCACACAGAGAUACCAGAACAUUAUCAGUACAGGAAUUGACUUGGAUGUAGAAGAGAAUGACAUUGCUAUGGACGACGACAGCAAGUAUGUUCCUCUGAGCCGUCUAACCACUUACCCCCAGGCUCCACUCAAAGAUCAUCCCCUCACGCACCCUCUACCUACGGACCUGAGGAGAGAGCUGGCCCACCGAGGGGUGGUGGGGGUGGGGGGCCCCAAGAUAAUGAACCGCUCCCCCUCCAUCAUCUCUGACUCAGGCAUCGAGAGUGAGCCCAGCUCGAUGGCCUGGCUCCUGGACGCUCACCGUACUGGAGGAGGGCGCCCUCUGGAGGAGAUAAUGGUACUGCAGCACCUGGAGAGGAGACACCCAGCCCACCGCAGCUCCCUGGAGGGCCUGCAGACAGAGAGUGGAGCCAGCGGGGGCAGCCUGCCCGGCGGAGGGGGUGGCAGUAUGGGUAUCCAGGCCUCCCUCACCUCCAUCUCGUCCCUGCCCUACGAGGAUGACGAGGAACAGAGGUACCAGCAACAGCUCAGUAAACUGACCAAGUCUGUCUCAGCUCCUCAGAUCUCCAGUCCUGAGGACACAGAAGAGGACCAGGGAGGAGCGGAGGUGGAGGUAGACACAGAGAGCGAGGAGACCAGCGGGUACCAGGACCAGGAGGUGGGAUGCUCCUCCAUCUCCACUGCUCCCACCCAUGUAAUGACUGGGGACUUGAUUAGACACCAGGAGUCCUUAUCCGGGGGAAACUACUCCUCUCUAGAGGACAUCCAAGAGGGAGAGCUGCCUGAGGUUGGUCUGUUUGACUGGGUAGCUGCUCCCUCACCACCCCAGCAUGUGACCAGAGCUCAUAUGGAGAGUUGUCAUGUUCUUAAAGAAACUCUUAGAUCUAAUGAAUCUGCUUUGCCAGUGGCCCUGUCAGACACUCAGGACAUGAAAGCAGUGUUCAGUGGCAUUAGUCGAGUACCGGAAGUCUUGCUGUUCCAACAGUAUGUUGAAGGCCAUGAUGAUGUGAAGGAUCCAGCUGUAGUCAGUCAGAUGGAGGAUAAGAACCAUCACAGAGGAGAUAGCUGUGGUGUCUCAAACUCAGUGGACCCAGGUCCCUGUGAAGUAGACUUCGCCCCCUGUAGCUGUGAGACAAAACCCUGUGAACAUGCCAGCGGUGUGCUGGUGAAUGAUGUGGAGGAUAAUCCAGUCAGGAAUGACUGUCAGAGUCUCCAUCAGAUUGGGUUGAAUGACCUUGUUGACCAGGACCUACUGGAUCAUCAUCAUACUCCCUGCCAGAGUCUCCAUCGGGUCGGGCUGCGUGACCUAGUGGUGGUCUCACAGAGGAAGAGCCUCCAUGACCCCAGGCCGAUCCCCUCUAUCCCCAACCACACAGAGAGACCCAUCCACCUCAUAGGCCUUACUGUCAAUGAUAGGGCCAGGUCUGAUGACCUCAUAGGGCUACCGGCCAGCGAGCGAGAGCAGCUGGAUCUCAACGGUCAGACCAAGCCGGCUAAGAUUCCCAGUAGCUCGGAGUCAGGGUCAGGCUCGGGGUCAACCUCAGGGUCAACCUCAGGGUCAGGCCUGUCCUUUAUGAACAGGAAGGUGGUGGAGGUGGUGAAUAUGUCUGUGUCCUGUGCUCCGACCUGUCUUCCCUUCUCCUCCGUCCUCCGGGACUCACCGUCCAUUAGCGGCAUCUCCACUCGACAAGCCGCAUCCCCCAUUACCCAUCAGCCCCUGGGGUCCUUCAGCAUCAUCUCCUCAUCCUCGUUCAACUCCUUGGGGCCAGACGACGACACAAACGAGAGGAUGCUGCAUUUCUACAGGUCCAAAGAGGAUCUGGUGAAAGACCUGGUGUUCCAGGCAACCCUGUACAGUAACCUCCCUCACCUGGCCUCCGACCUGCCCUAUUUCCCCCCUGAGGAGGAGGAUGAGGAGUUUGAGGAUGGUAUACACCUGGUUGUCUGUGUCCAUGGCCUUGAUGGGAACAGUGCAGACCUUCGCCUGGUGAAGACCUUCAUAGAGCUGGGUUUACCAGGGUCCAGACUGGACUUCCUCAUGUCUGAGAGGAACCAGACUGACACGUUUGCAGAUUUUGACACCAUGACGGACAGGCUAAUAGACGAGAUCAUCCAGCACAUUCAGCUGUACAACCUCACCGUCGGACGGAUAAGUUUCAUUGGUCACUCUUUGGGGAACGUGAUUAUCCGGUCAGUGCUGACAAGGCCUCGGUUCCGCUGCUACCUGGUCAAGCUGCACACCUUCCUGUCUCUGUCCGGACCACACCUGGGAACGCUGUACAACAACAGCACGCUGGUCAGCACAGGUCUGUGGCUGAUGCAGAAGCUGAAGAAAUCUGGAUCGUUGCUGCAGCUCACCUGCAGAGAUCACACCGAUCCUCGGAAAACCUUCCUCUAUCUUCUCAGCCAGAAACCAGGGCUCCAGUUCUUCAAGAAUGUGGUGUUGGUGGCAUCGCCUCAGGACCGAUAUGUUCCCUUCCACUCUGCAAGGAUAGAGAUGUGCAGGACUGCACUCAAAGACAGGACCACAGGUCCAGUGUACACAGAGAUGAUCAACAACCUACUCCAGCCGUUGGUGGGGGCUAAGGACUGUUGUCUGAUUCGCCAGAAUGUGUUCCACGCCCUGCCCAACACCGCCAACACUCUGAUUGGCAGAGCCGCUCACAUCGCUGUGCUCGACUCUGAACUCUUCUUGGAGAAGUUCUUCCUGGUCGCAGGGCUCAACUACUUCAAAUAGAACUUAAAACUACUUCAAAUAGUACUUCAAACUACUUUAAAGGGAUACGUCAGGAUUUUCGACAAUGAAGCCCUUUAGCUAUUUCCCCAGAGUUAGAUGAAUAUGUGGAUUCCAUUUUUAGGUCUCUGUGUGCAGUUUGAAGGAAGUUGCUAACUAGCAGGAGCGCAAUUGCAAACUAGCGUUAGGGCAAUGACUGGAAGUAUAUGGAAACUGCUAGCUGAUACAGCAGACUUCCAGUCAAUGGGCUGACUCUAGUUAGCAUUGGCUCACGAAACUACCUCUGACUUCCUUCAUACUGGAUGCAUUUACAUAAAAAUGGUAUCCACUAGUUCAUCUGACUCUGGGGAAGUAAAUGAAAUGCUUAAUUGACAAAAUCCUGAAGUAUCCCUUCAAAUAGAGGCUCAAAUAUUUAAAAAAGUAGAACCACUACUUCAAAUUGAGCUGUAGCUAUAGAGAAACUGGCUCAGAGAGGCUCUAGGUGUAUAUGAAGAUCUCUUUGUUGUGGUUAAGAGGAUAGGAGGAUUUGGUGAGAGAAAGGGGGUUGCACCAUGACUAUGUACAGUGUAUAUUUAAAGUAUGUAUAAUUAUGUUACCCCUGUUGUCAAAGAGGUGGUCAUAAGCUCUAUACGUCCCAUCCAUAUUAACAGCGGUAUACACGUAUGUCAAGUGAAACAACUGACGUGGCGCAUCGUGUGGCUCAUACUGGUGUUGUAUAGGCCUUAUGAACCCCUUCAUCCCAAAGUGUAGUCAGUGUAAUGUACAACUAAUGUUCAUCCCAAAGCGCUACCAAAUCAAGAACAUUUCAUUUUGGUAUGUAUCCUGACCUGAAGUGGCUAGUCUGAAUGAAUCACUGGACGAAGGAUCUACAAAUCACUGGAUGAAGGAUCUACAAAUCACUGGAAGAAGGAUCUACGAAUCACUGGACGAAGGAGUACAUGUAUGCAUUUGUUUAAAAAACAAAGGAGAUAGUUGUUUGGAAUUUAACUCCGUAAUUGUAAAUGUUAUAAUACACGUAUCAAACUCCACAUAGAACUGUGGUGAUGUUAUAUUGUACAAACGUUUCUUUUUACGAAAAUUAUUUAUAUAUCAUUUUAAAUCAUGUAUUUUAAAUUAUACCAUAUCCAUACGUUUGUCAGACUAUGACCAUUGUGUUGUGGAUUUUAUAUCAUACAAUUUCAACACAUAACAUGAAGGCCAAAUCAAGAGGUGAACCUUCUAUACAUACAAUGCCAGAAAAAGGUGGUCUAUAUAUUUCUUGUAUACGUUUAUGUACAGUAUAUUACAUAUCUAAAAAAGUGUAUGUUUGUUGAAAGCAUUUAUGUGUGUCCAUCAAACUGCUGAGUUGAGUUGAAGGCUUAUCAACCAUGUAAUGCCUUUGUGUUCUUUAAAAUAAGGUAUAUCCCAACUCCCUUCAUAAGCUAUUAUGCACCUUCUACCGACUGUAGUGAUCCUAUUGAGAUAUGAGUAUUACUACUAUUACUAAGAUAUGAGUAUUUCUAUACUGAUAUAUGAGUAUUACUAUAAUGAGAUAUGAGUAUUACUAUACUGAGAUAUGAGUAUUACUAUACUGAGAUAUGAGUAAUACUAUACUGAGAUAUGUAUAUUACUAUACUGAGAUAUGAGUAUUACUGCGACUGAGUCCAUUGUGUAAUUUAUCUUGGUUGAUUAAUAUUUGAAAUAGAUUUGAAAUAUAGAAUCAUGAUGUAUGAAUCACUAUGGCUCAUAUCCCUUGGAAGUUACCUAUAGAUCUCUCUCUGAUUUCUCAUACUGUACGUGCGCUGCUUUUAGAGUUAGAUUUUGUAUGCAUUGAACCUUUAAUGUUGCUACCUUGUCUGUGCCAGGAACAGUAUAAUAAGGAGGGUGUCACCCUGCAUCUCAGAACAGUGUCUCUACUAUGGGCACUUACUAGUAGGUACUAUGCUUCUGUCCAUCGAGAUGAAACGAAUGUUUACAUUUUCAGAUUUACAGAGAUGUUGUCAUGGUAUCACAUGGAGGUGACUGAAGGUGCGUCUAUGGAGGUCAUGUACCGACACAGACCUGUAGUUAUUCUUUGCACUGGUUUGACUGACAAGUACACUUUAUGCUGGACGUUUACAGCAAGUACAGAUACAGAUACACUUGCUUGAUGAAGUCCUUGCACUCCAACAUUGUCCUUCGUGUAUGGCUGUUUCAAUUGAUAUUGUACAUACUCCGUUCUCCGCUCGCGGGUCAGCUUUCAAAGAUGUGUCCAUGCAGCUAGCGGCAAGCGACAAAGCUUGACCUUACUCGUCUCCUAUUGUAAUGUCCCAUCUCCUGGUGCUCUGCUGUCACUGUCAUUAAGCCCUUUCCUAGUGUCCUUGCAGUGCAAAAGGUGACAUCUCCAAGUCGUCUCCUGCGGCUGCUCUGUUUGCUGCAGUGCUGACUGGUAAGCAGAGUGUCACUGGGAUUGACUUUAAUUAAAUGGCUUCCGUUAAGACGUACGCACACACACCACAGACACACACGCGCAUGCACGCACACACACACACACACACACACACACACACACACACCACACACACACGCGUGCACGCACGCACGCACGCACGCACGCACGCACACACACACACACACACACACACACACACACACACACACACACACACACACACACACACACACACACACACACACACACACACACACACACACAGCAAUAGAAAGGGGGCUGGGUUGUUCCCGUCAGGACAAUGAGGGAAUGGCUGGUUGUGAAAUCUCUACAGAAGCUGUGUCAGCAGUCUGGUAUAGCUAGCAAGCUUCACGCAUAAUUUCCUUCUGACAUCCCUCUUGCCUGUUUGCUUUUACCCCCAAAGGGCCGUGACCUGUUUGUCCAAAGGGCCGUGAUCUGUUUGUCCAAAGGGCCACGAUCUGUUUGUCCAAAGGGCCAUGAUCUGUUUGUCCAAAGGGCCACGAUCUGUUUGUCCAAAGGGCCAUGAUCUGAUUGUCCAAAGGGCCACGAUCUGUUUGUCCAAAGGGCCACGAUCUGUUUGUCCAAAGGGCCACGAUCUGUUUGUCCAAAGGACCAUGAUCUGAUUGUCCAAAGGGCCACGAUCUGUUUGUCCAAAGGGCCAUGAUCUGUUUAUCUAAAGGGCCAUGAUCUGUUUGUCCAAAGGGCCAGGAUCUGUUUGUCCAAAGGGCCAUGAUCUGUUUGUCCAAAGGGCCAUGAUCUGUUUGUUCAAAGGGCCAUGAUCUGUUUGUCCAAAGGGUCAUGAUCUGUUUGUCCAAAGGGCCAUGAUCUGUUUGUCCAAAAGGCCAUGAUCUGAUUGUCCAAAGGGCCACGAUCUGUUUGUCCAAAGGGCCACAUAUUUCGUGAAGUAAAGAUUUAAGUUUUCAUGCUCUCCAAGGGCAGGUGUGGAUUGGGAUUUUAAUAUUCAUGCUUUACAAGGUUGUGUGGUUUAAUUCAUUGACAUGUCAUAAUAGUUUUUUGCGAGCUUCUGUGUUUUCCCUGAAGGUACAUAAUACAGUAGCUGUAGGCCUACAUGGACUUUAUGCCUUAUGUUUCUUUGGUUUAGCAAAACAUUCUGAUGGGAAAAAACUUGCCUGCUUCACACAGUCAGAGAGGGCUGCAGUUCUGGUGCUGUUAUGAAGAGAAACACUUCCCAUUUCAAAUGAUUUAAAACAUUAAUAUUUUUCUUUCUUCUUGUUCACUCCCACAGAAGACAUGACUUACCUCUGUCAGCAAAGCAACCCCUGAUAUGUUGACUGAACUUUUUCUAUUUUAUUUGAUUAUUAUUUUGUCAUUGGGAGAGUGAAUCGUCCUUUGUUACACUGUGUGUGUGUGUCACAGGAGGUUGGUGGCACUUUAAUUGGGGAGGACGGGCUCAUAGUAACGGCUGGAAUGGCAUACAUGGUAUGGUAUCGAGCACCAUUCCGUUCACUCCAUUCCAGCAAAAAUUAUUUGUCGUCCUCCUCUCAGCAGCCUCCUGUAGUGUGUGUGUGUGUGUGUGUGUGUGUGUGUGUGUGUGUGUGUGUGUGUGUGUGUGUGUGUGUGUGUGUGUGUGUGUGUGUACGCGCGUGUGUCCUCUAUGUGUGCUUUUGCAUAAAAUGCUCCAAGGCAGCUUUGUGACAUGUUUGUGUAGUGGUUUUAUUUAUUAUCAUCGUCUGUCUGCUGAGGAUUAUGACCCAUUUCCAGCUGUUUGGUGUGAAUGUUCCAUAAAAACGUUUGUCUUGUGAGUGACAUUGUAUUUAUUUAUUUAAUCAAGUAUUUUCUUUUUGCUAACAGUAUAAUAGAACUUAAUCUGUGCCAAUAAUACGAAUCUAAUGUUUUUCUAAGUUUGCUUACUGUAUGUGUUCCUUAGUAGCUUGUGCCCAUGUAAAAAUAUACAUACAUAUAUUUCAGAACAUUAUGAUAAACAAUAUCAACAUUAUAUUAUAAUUAAAACAAGUAUGUUUCUUUA